GCCCCGCACCGCCCGCACGCGCGCCCGCCGGGGAGACGCGGGGCCGCCUGGGCGCGGGUCACCUUGUCCCAGAGGAGACAUGGGUUCCUCGAGGAUAGUGUGACCUGCACAGCCGGACGCCCGGCGGGGAGGCCAGCACCAUGGACAGCCUCGCCGGGCCAAAAAGUGAGCUGGUGCACAACAAGGCCCUGGACACCGGCCCGAGGAAUGGCCUGAUCAACACCAGAAGCUUCACAGCGGAGGGCAGGGAUGGCCUGGUGUCCGUGUACCCAACGCCCCAGUACCAGAGCCGCCAGAGCAUGGACAGCGUCGGGAAGGAGGCUGCGCAGCAGCUGCUGGACCCCAACGCCCUGCAGCGGUCGGUGGAGACUCGUUACCGACCCAACCUCAUCCUCUACUCUGAGGGCAUGCUACGCUCGUGGGGCGACGGCGUGGCCACCGACUGCUGCGAGACCACCUUCAUCGAGGACCGGUCACCCACCAAAGACAGCCUGGAGUAUGCCGACGGGAAGUUCCUGGACCUCUCAGCUGAGGACAUCAAGAUCCACACGCUGUCCUACGACGUGGAGGAGGAGGAGGAGCUACAGGAGCUAGAGAGCGACUACUCCAGUGACACAGAGAGUGAGGACAACUUCCUCAUGAUGCCACCGCGGGACCACCUGGGGCUCAGCGUCUUCUCCAUGCUCUGCUGCUUCUGGCCGCUGGGCAUCGCCGCCUUCUACCUGUCCCAUGAGACGAACAAGGCUGUGGCCCAGGGCGACUUCCACCAGGCCAGCACCAGCUCCCGGCGGGCCCUCUUCCUGGCUGUGCUGUCCAUCACCAUCGGCACGGGCAUCUACGUGGGUGUGGCCGUUGCCCUCAUUGCCUACCUCUCCAAGAACAACCACCUGUGAGCUUCCCAUGGGCACGAGGAAGGACUGGCGUGUCUGGGGUGGCUCGGGCAGCAGCGGACUGCGCCUGAGGCUGGAGUUUCCACCAUGACUCCCUGUUUCCUCCUUUAACUCCAUUGUCAUAGCACUGAGUGGGCUCCGCACACAUGGGCUCAAAGCUGCUGGCCGUGGGGCUGUCUGGGACGGGCCCGGGUAGUGGGUGACAAUACGCUGUCUGCGCAGCCGCCAUGCCUCCAAGGCCACUGCAUUAGCAAUAUACAAACAGUGAGAAAAAAAAAGUAUUUAUUUUUAUGGAACAUGGUCAAGGUGCACUAGGCUGAGGGCAUGGGGCAUCCACUUCUCUCCACGUGCCCAACACCCAGGAGACUUUCCUCCCAGAAGAAAAGAAAAUGGAACUGGGGACAAGGGGCACCCAGCAUGACCAUCUGCAGAAGGGCCCAGCCCUGAGAACAGAAAGCUAGAAGACAUGGCACGGGUCCCAGGCCCUCACACCCUCCAUGCCAGCCUGAACAUGUCACUCUAUAGCCCCCGCCGCAGCAGUGCUCAGCCUUGGGCCAUCAGCGAGGCAGGCAAGGUGGGUGCCCCAAGCUCCUUGAAGUGGCCCGACAUUGGUGCCAGGAACUGGAGGCAGAGGAGCCAGGAGGACCCCGGCACCCUUGACGUGACUGCCCUCAAGGGGCUCGCCUGAUCCUAAGCAGUGACAACGACAACGCCGACCCCAGACACGAGGCGGGCCUUACUCUGUCGACUCGACGAAUCGCUAUUUUCUUGUCAUUUUUUAAGUGCAACUCUGGCUUCACAGUGCUUCAGUUACCAGACGAAUGCUGAGAAAUAAGUCACCACAGACAUCUGAAUGCCAUCUCCCAGCUG